AUGGUGACAAAACUCCAUGACAAUGGCAACCUCUCGGCGGUCUCCCUGAGCGAGUUCGUGCUGGAGGGAUUUGCAGGGGGCCCAGGGACACAGGCCCUGCUCUUCGCUGUGUUCCUGGCCCUGUACGUGGUCACCGUCCUGGGCAACCUCACCAUGAUCCUGGUCAUCACCCUGGAUGCCCGCCUGCACUCCCCAAUGUACUUCUUCCUCAAGAACCUCUCCUUCCUGGACCUCUGCUACUCCUCCGUCAUCGCCCCCAACGCCCUGGCCAACUUCUUCUCCUCGUCCAGGGCCAUCACCUUCGCGGGCUGCGCCACUCAGCUCUUCUUCUUCUCCCUGUUGGCUUCCAGCGAGUCUUUCCUUCUGGCCGUGAUGGCCUACGACCGCUUCAUGGCCAUCUGCAGCCCCCUGCAGUACCCAGUGACCAUGUGCCCCGCGAGCUGCACCCGCCUGGUGCUGGGCACCUACUGUGGAGGCUGCCUCAACUCCAUCGUGCAGACCAGCCUCACGUUCCAGCUCCCCUUCUGCAGCUCCCACCGCAUUGACCACUUCUUCUGCGACGUGCCCCCCCUGCUGCAGCUGGCCUGCGCCGACACGACCCUCAACGAGCUGGUCAUGUUCGGCCUCUGCGGGCUCAUCAUCGUGGGCACCACGCUCGUGGUCCUGGUCUCCUACGGCUACAUCGCAGUGACCAUCCUGAGCAUGCGCUCCGGCACCGGGCGCCACAAGGUCUUCUCCACCUGUGGCUCCCACAUGACGGCCGUGUCCCUGUUCUACGGGACGGUGUUCGUCAUGUACGCCCAGCCAGGGGCUGUGGAAUCCUUGGAGCAGGGCAAGGUGGUCUCCGUCUUCUACACCCUGGUCAUCCCGAUGCUUAACCCCCUCAUCUACAGUCUGCGGAACAAGGACGUGAAGGAUGCCCUGAGGAGGCUGAGCCAGAGACAGACAGCCUAG